CUCCUCCGCGCCGGGCUCGCCGGGAUCCGACUCGGACCUCUCGGUGAGCAGCCGCGGCGGCGGCCGGAGGGACCCCCGGGGCGGCCCCCGCCCCGCGCUGCAAGUUGACCAACACAUGGGGGGGGGGAAGCAGCACAGAGGACCUUUCCAGGGCGUCCGCGUGAAGAACUCCGUGAAGGAGCUCCUGCUGCAUUUCAGGAGCAGCAAACAGAUGUCCUCGGGCCCUGCCACCGAGGAAAGCAAGGCACAAGGAGGAUUGGUGAACUAUGAGCCAUACACAGAACUGAAGAGCAUACUAGGUCACAGUGGCAAAAGAAAGGCUCCUGAGCUCCUUUCUGAUGGACCUUCUUUCAAACGCCAAGCUAAUAUUCACCCACAUCUCCUGACACCACCCCAGACACCAACUUCUAUGGAUAACAUGGAAGAGACACAUAAAAACGACCCAAAGCAUGACAGUAGUUCUGAUCUGCUGCAGAACAUCAUAAACAUCAAGAACGAGUCGAGCCCCAUUUCCCUGAACACGGUGCAGGUGAGCUGGAUGCACUCUGUCUCCAGUCACGGCUCGCCCGGUGAGCAGUACCAGGACAGCCCAGGAACACAGGCUUUCUCACCGUCCCAGAAAUACCAACCAUUCCAAGAUCAUACCAACCAGCAUAUACUUGAAUCACCGCAACAUUACCAGUUCCCCCCAUCCCAGAACCAAGAUUUGUCACAGGGCUAUCCUUCAGAUGCCUCCCUGGAGUACAGGCCGUUUGCUGCCAAUGACCAGUCUCCUGCCUACCAGCAGAACACCUUUGAGAGCCAUGAACUGCAGUACUGCCCAUCCCAGAGCUUCUCCUCCCUCUUGAAUGACUCUGAAGGCUCGGAGGGCAUCUCCACUCCCCUCCAGCCUCUGACCAGUGCCCACCCACAGACUGAUGUUGCCCCUCACGCCCCAAACUUCAGCUUGCUUUCCAGCAACAUCUGUGGUGGUCUGGAGCGCAGUGUCUCUUUGGCUGCUCUGAAUGUCUCUCUACCCGAUCAAAGCAUUGCCAGAAGCACGACGCAGCUGGGCAAGUCAUUUUUUCAAUGGCAAGUGGAGCAGGAGGAAAACAAACUGGCUAACAUAUCUCAAGACCAGUUCCUUGCAAAAGACUCGGAUGGAGACACCUUCCUUCACAUUGCUGUUGCACAGGGUCGUCGAGCACUCUCCUAUGUUCUUGCAAGGAAGAUGGCUGCCAUGCACAUGCUGGAUAUUAAAGAGCACAAUGGCCAGAGCGCUUUCCAGGUUGCUGUGGCUGCCAACCAGCAUCUCAUUGUGCAGGACUUGGUUAGCUUGGGGGCUCAAGUCAACACCACAGACUGCUGGGGUAGAACGCCGCUGCAUGUUUGUGCUGAGAAGGGGCAUGCCCAGGUCCUCCAGGCAAUCCAAAAGGGAGCCAUGGGAAGCAAUCAGUAUGUGGACCUUGAGGCAACAAACUAUGAUGGUAUGACAGCGUUGCACUGUGCGGUUCUGGCCCAUAAUGCUGUGCUGCAUGAACUGCAGAACAGUCAGCCACCUCACUCCCCUGAGGUCCAGGAGCUUCUGCUGAGAAACAAGAGCCUUGUAGAAACUAUCAAGACUCUGAUACAAAUGGGAGCCUCUGUUGAAGCGAAAGAUCGCAAAAGUGGUCGCUCUGCUUUACAUUUGGCGGCAGAAGAAGCAAACCUGGAGCUUAUUCGUCUCUUUUUGGAGCUGCCCAACUGCCUCUCUUUUGUUAAUGCCAAGGCUUACAAUGGCAACACCGCGCUCCACGUGGCUGCUAGCCUGCAGUAUCGGGUGAGCCAGCUGGAUGCUGUGCGCCUGCUGAUGCGUAAGGGAGCUGAUCCGAGUGCCAGAAACUUGGAGAAUGAACAGCCAGUUCACCUGGUUCCUGAUGGCCUUGUAGGAGAACAGAUAAGACGUAUCCUAAAAGGGAAGGCGAUUCAGCAGAGAGUGUCGCCGUUUUAGGCUCCAUGUUUCUUGGAGUUCAGCAACUCACACUCACUGUCAGUCAGGCAGUCCUAAUGUAUCUGUAAAUAGACCAUUUGCCUGGUGUGGGCAAAUGUUAGUUGUUUCUAUGAAACAAAAGCAUUUUGUUCACUAUUAUAUAGUGGGUUAUAUAAGAGUUAAACCCAAAACCUCAAACCCCAACAAUCAAAUUCCUCUGACCAAACGGGAAUGUUUAAUUCCCAAGUAUGCGGAACAUUUGCCUGGAUACCUGGAUUUCACAGCUACGGCAAGACUGAUUUUAUUUAAACAGCCAUACAGAUAACUUGUAGACAAGGGAAAUUCUACAGGAUUUUUUUUUUUUUUAGAGAGAGCUGAUACAAUUCAACAAUACAGCCUUUGUAAUGUUUUGUGUUUUAAAUAACACUUAAGUGCAAGAGAAAUUGAAUAUUUUUGAAGUUGAACAUUUAUUUAUGUAACUUUUUAGCUUUCUUCCAAUAUCUUGUGCAGGAUUGUAUAUAGUCACUGGCACUAUUGUACAGCUGUAUAUUUCUAAGAAUCUAUUGAUCACUUAGGGAAUGACCUGAAGAAACAAGUUCCUUGAUCCUGAACUUGCAAAUUGCAUAUAGAGUUUUAAUACUAGACUGGUGCAAAUUGGGUAAAUUCUGUUGUUUUGAAAGAGUGAAGAUGGAAAAUACAGUUAAGAUUGUCCUGGCACUGUUGUUAAUAACACAUGAAAAUAACACAUGCUUCUUCAAGGGACUACCAGUUUUUCUCAUGCCCAGUAGGGAUUUUUCUUUUGAUGAAACAAUAGAUUGAGAGAGAAAGAUCAUGACUCUUAUAGUGUAUAUGUAACUUGCAGUUUAAGGGAUAUGAUCCUGAUUCAGUGCAAGUAUUUAGCAUGUACUUAAACUGUUGAUGUAUGCUGAAAUAUCUCCAUGUUAAUUGUAAUACUUCAACAUGUGUAAGCCCACUAUGUUGGUAGGGCUUAAGCACAUGCAUAAGUAGCUUACUGAAUUGAGCUCUAGUUAAUUCUAGAGACUUAAUGUUUUCCACCUCCUGAGCAGAGUUAGUCCAUUUAUGGUUUUACCUUAUAGGUAUAGUGGUUAGCCAAGUAAUAUUUGAAGUUAAUGUUUUUCUAUUUUUUAAUAAUUAUGAUUAUUAAUGCAAAAUGUAUACUAAUGAUGCUGUAUACUUGUGUUCCGUUGGAAAAAACUUCCUCCUAUCACUUUCUGAAUGAUCUGUGCUGGGCUGUAAUCCAGUAAUGUGUUCUUUGUAUGGUCUUUGCUCUUAAGCUGUUUUUGCAUCACAUGCAAUUCUCUGCCAUAACCAUUUAAUUAGUCUGAUUCUGCUGUUUUGACAAAGUAUGUCUUGUAGACAAGCUAAAUGAAAAAAAUCUGAUAUGUGGAGGCUUAGUUGCAAUGUAUUUCUUGAAGGGUCACAUGUAACUUGUGUUUGAAUAAACAUGAUAAUUAAA